AUGACGGCCUUCCCGGUGACAACCCGGAGGCCGACGGGGACUACCACGGCCGCCAUCGCCCCCACUCCCGCCGGUCAGAGGGCGAGGGGGAAUCGGAUGACUCGCACUCCCGGUCCCAGUCCCGCUCUCCUUCGCCUCCGGCCGCCGGUGGGCAUGGGCGCCAGGCCGCUCCGGGCCUGCUCCUGGAUGCCCCUUCCGGCCCGGUGGCCGAGUCUUCGGAGCAGCGACACCUCCAGUGUCGGCAUGGUCGCCUGCCCUGCCUCCUUCCCGCGCUCCCCCGCUCCUUCUUCUCCCAUCGGGCCGCUCCUGGAGACGGUGCUCCCCACGGCUGCGUCGCUAGCCCCCGAGCUGCCCUCGCCGGUCUUCGCGGGGAAAGCGGCCACCCCGGCUCCCUUCCCUGGCGCUUCUCUCCCUGCCGUCCUGAUGGGCCUUCUCUGCGCCUCUCCUCCGGCGGCGAGCCUCGUUGCCAUCGUGCCGGCCCCAGCUGCGGCAUCUCCGCUUAUGGCUCCCCUCGUGGCCGUCUCGCCGCGACCGGUCGGGACCCCGCCACCGCCCCUGAUGCCGCUGGUGGAACGGGCUCCGCUCGUCGACGCCCCUGCUCCACCUCCGACGUGUGUGACUCCGACUUCGACUCCGACUCCGAUGCUCCUCGGCUGCGCUGUGCCAGCUCUCCUGCUCCCUCCCGCGGCGGACCCCGGCCCGGAUGGGGAGACCUGGGUGACCACACCCUUGGCUGCCCAGCCUCCCCCUCCGCGGUCCGUGGCCUACUCCCGCCGCGGCCGGUCUGCUUCCUCUCCGGUGACAGCCUCCCGCCGGAGCGCUCGGCUUGACGCUGCGCGCCCCGAGGGUAGCCCGACGCUGCCCAUCCAUGAGCGGGCGGAGCUCCGGGCGGCAGCCCGGAACCUGGAGCCAGGUACGCUUGCUGUCCCCCCCACGGCAUCUACUUGUUACUUCUCUGCUCUUGAGUCGAUUCCGCUUGGUCACCUUGCGAAGAUCGCGACUGAUUCCGCGGUCAUCUUGAGAGGAGAGGUUGCUCCCCCCUUAGUCCAGAUCGAGGCCAUUAGGGCCCGCGAGAUCCUUGAUGGUAGGCUUGCAGAGGCCCGUGCAGCUCUACUCUCGCCUCCCGCCCCGUCGAUCGCUAUGCAGGAUGCCAUCCCGCCUCCUCCCCGGAGGGCCGGUGGCAUCCUCCCCCUGACCGCUACCGAGCUUCGUGGACGCACCCGCUCUCGGACCGCCGCUCUCCGCGCCCAAAGCGCAUCCCGUGUCCUGGGGUCAAGUAGCCCCUCAAUGGAUGCAUAA